AAUGCAAAGUGCUUUAUUGAUGCUGGUUUCCAGCCUACGGCUUGUCACUUGUGAGAUGUAUGGAAACAUCUCUUAAAUUUCCACGCGCUCUAGCUUAUCGGGGUGGCCAACGAGAUGUCAAUUUUAAUUCAUUUUGAUCGAACAGGAUGGGUUGUGGAAACGACUGAGGAAUGUCACAUCUUCAGGGAUAUCCAGAGAAGUCUACCAUCUUGCUCUCUUUCCAAUUUUGUGACUUCGCAGACGAACACCCACAAACUGCACGCAGGAGAACAUAAUAUUCCGCCGUGUCGUACACAAUACACGGAGCGGGUCUGUCUGUUAGAAUGCUUUAUGUUAUGGUGCACUGACUCGAUGUUUUCAAAGCCAUUGUGAACCAUUCUAAACUCAUUGCUGACCAUAAUACAAUAAUGCCUUUGCUGCCAUUAUUGUGAUAUCUGAAUAUUAUUCAAGGGGAGACAAUUACGCCAACUGUACGCUAGAACACGACAGUGGAGCUUACGGGGCGUAAAUCGUUUUUUGUAUCAGUGUGUGCUUCGGGAACACGAUGUCGUCUGCUAGGGUGAUUCUGUGGUGUGCGCCUCGUUGCACGUCCAACCUCUUCGCAAAGUGUGUCACUGCUAUACCGGGCAACGAGGUAUGGAUCGAACCCUACCAGCAAUCCCAGUUUGCCCACAACGAAAUGCUACGCCUGGGACUGAUAGACAAGGAGGGGCCUUGGCCUUACACGUACGAAGGGAACGAGGAACUGUUCGACAAAGCUGCCGUCGGCAUCGAAGGGUUCUUAGGUUCACAAUCUGUCAAGGUUAAUCGCCAACGUCUACCCUAUUCUGCUGUCAAGAGUUCUCUGGAGCAGUCGACUAGUAAACGCGUGUUCGUCAAAGACUUCGGCCUUGCUGUUCACUCGGAAACCUUGCGUCAUUAUCUUCCUACAGGCUUUAAACACACUUUCCUCAUCCGACACCCAUACCUGGUCUACCGCUCAUUCCGGAAGGCACUGUGUGCGCAGAUGUUGGCGAUUGGGCGGCUGAAAGAAGAGGACAUUGAUGAUUUCGACAUCGAGUUCUUGGGAGGUGGACCAAGUCGGCGCGUCGAUGAGUAUAUCACCAAGAAUCACGAACUGUGGAAGUAUGUCCGCGAGAACAUCGAUCCGAAUCCCGUCGUGAUCGAUUCAACUGAUCUUCUUGAGAAUCCUGGCCCGAUGCUGUCCAAGUACUGCCACGCGGCUGGUCUUCCGUACUCGGACUCGCUCUUGACGUGGGAAGCGACGGUGGAGUCGUAUCAGUCGUGGAAACUCGUUGGAGAGAAUAUAAUGGAUAACGCAGAGAACUUUGUUGGAGCUUUGCUGAACACGACGGGUUUUCUGUCCCCAUCUCCGAUACCGUCCCGUGACGAACUAACGAGUGAUGUGCUGAAAGCAUCCGACUCUUCGAUGGCUUGUUAUCAGGAAAUGUACGCUUCGCGGAUAACAUGAAUAAAAGUAGUUCCAGUACGUCCUGAUUUCAUUCAUGAUAAAGUCUGUUAAACCAAUGUUGAUAUCCCUAUAUAUCAUUGCAGGUCUAGAUCUGGUACAAUAUUUUCAUCGAACUGAACUUUGUGAAAUCAUGAAACCUAACGGAAAAACGGUCACACUGAAGAUAACCAACGUAAUAGAUAAGAACAUGUGCGACAGUAACUUGUUCCUGCUUGGAAAUGACCCGACAUCGUGUCGAAUUUCAUGCAUGUUUUUCGAAUUUCUCAGCUUCUUCCAUAACCAUUUCAAACGUAAUAUUAUUUACACAUACAAACACGUGGGUGGUCAUUUGAUUAGAUUAAGGGGCGGCGGAGUGAAGUUGAAGGGGGAGGCACUUCCUCUUUUGAAAGGGGCACUUUUUUAUUUUGAAACAAAGAUAAAUAACACAAAUAUCUUAUCUACCCCACUUUAAACGACAGAACGAAUAAACUUAUACAUCUUUAAACGUAUAAACAGACAUGUGAGAGUAUGGGCGGCGGAAUAUAUUUUCGUUGGGGGGGGGGGUAGUAGCAAUAAAAGUGGCACUAUAAGUCAAAAUCUAAUUGGGAGCAUUUUUUCUUGGUAAACGGGGACACAUUUCAGUGCUUCAAAAAGUUAGGGGUAUUGCCUCUUCUCCCCCCCCCCCCCGCCCUUGAAUCGGAUUCAUUAUAGGAAAUAAAAUCAUUGCUAUACAACUGGCAUUUAUCUACAUUGCCCCACCGUAUCUCGGCAGGCCAAGCAUAACUCGCAUAAUACCACUAUGGUUCUCGUAGACGGAAGGAUUUUUUUUCUUUCCCCAAAUUUCUUGCUUACUUAUUCGGGUCCCCGUUCGGGUCCCUGGUGCUAGCUAGUGGCCAAGGGACCAGCAUGAUUUUGUUUACUUGGGCUGGAUAGCUAAUCAUUUGCGAAUGUAAAUAAAUUAAGUGGAGAAAUGUAAUUAUUAAGCAUUCCAUAGCUUGUUGCCUGGAUGUCAAAACAGCUGGAAAUAAGAGGGGCUAAAAUGACAUUCCUAAUUUUACACAUGCAGCAUGAUCUUCGAUGGGUGUUAAAAACAAGCUCUUCUUUUUCUUUAUGUUCGUAAAAUAAUCCUUUUUAUGCGGAUGAUUAUCAGCUCUCUAUCUCCGCUCCUCACUUCGGCUUUGAGUUUCUCCACACUUCACAUAAUCGUCAAGCUAUCAUUUCCGUUUCUCCAUUUUUAAGGAGUUCCCUUUCAGCAGCUAGUGGGGUACUCUUAAAACGCUGGGCAAAAUAGACAAUGUGCAUGAUCGAUAUAUUCGUACGAUUGCGUUCGACCCAAAAAAAGCGGUCAAAAUCAAGGAAAUUAUGUGGUAAUUUUUAAACAAUAUGUGGGUUUUUUUUACAUAUAUUUACAUUUUUAUUAUAAAUCGUCCAUUAUCACAAUAUAUACUAUAGAUUGCCAUGAUCACAAUACAAAAACGAAAAACAACAAAAAUAGAUAUAAAGAAUGAAAAUAAUUUUGUUGGGAUACAGUAUUAAUCACCAGCACAUUGGUCGUUGAUUCUAUAGAUGUUUGGUUCAGUGUUUUGACCGAUUAAUUUGUGAUAAAAAGGAUGAAUUUAUAUUGGGAUAAACGAGUCAUAGGAUCUCGAGUCUUUCACAUUGAUUGCUAGAAAUUUGAUGGUUAGAAUAAUUAUAAUGUUUUUCCUUAUAUCUCGAUAAACAUCAGUUUUUGUGUAUGUGUUAUAAUUAUGUUUUUUAAUAUAUUUGAUCUGAAGUUAACAAGCAGACACUUUUACUCAUGUAUUUCAUUUUUAAUAUGAAUUUCAUUCAUUUUAAUACAGCCGUUAUGAAGCUUUCGUAUUUUUUUCUAAUUACUAUAUAUAGACAGAAUGAUAUUCCGACAUGUUCAUAGGAAUAUUGCUUCAGAAUUCAAUGAAAAGUAUGAUAAAGCAAAGUAAUGUUAAUUUUGUGGGCUUUUGGUAAUGAUCAUUUCAUUUUGAAUACAAUAGGUACAUGUACAAAUGAAAAAAGCAGAGGGAAUGAAUUUAGUGAAAUUUCGAUGGAUAUCGAAUUCAAAGAUGCUGUUUUUUAAUUCGGUUGAAACUUGUAUUCGCGGUCUGAAUGUGACAUUAAUUUUAAUUAGUUUAAUUCAGAAUUCAUCGCAUGUUUAUUAUUAACUGGGUUAAUUUCGAACUUGUGUCAUUCCUUAUUCAUUUUCUUUUUCUUUUUUUCGGGGGGGGGGGGGGGAGGGGGUUUCUAUUUACGUUAACAACCAAAGAAAGAAUCCCAUCCAGGGGCGUCGAUCCACUUUUCAGAUUGGGGGGGGGGGCAAAAUCAUGAAUCAACUUUCCAAAGGCGUU